AUGGGAGAGGGAGAAAGCUGCGUGGAGAGGAGACGCUCUCAGAUCAGUCAGUGGCUUCAUGGAGUUAUGUACCUCUGAUCCGCCGCCAUGGAUUGCAAUCCGCGAUCACUCCUUUUCAUUUUACCUCUUUUAUUGUCCUGCGUUAUUUCUACGUGUGCCGUCAUCUACGCUCCUAAUGAAGUCAACCUGUUAGACUCUAAAGCAAGCCAAGGGGAGCUGGGAUGGAUUUCCUACCCACUGCAUGGGUGGGAGGAGAUCAGCGGGGUGGAUGAGCACUACACUCCCAUCAGGACCUUCCAGGUGUGCAACGUGAUGGAGUACAGCCAGAACAACUGGCUUCGCACCAAUUGGAUCGCUCGCCAGUCGGCCCAGAAGAUCUACGUGGAGCUGAAGUUCACGCUAAGGGACUGCAACUCCAUCCCGCUGGUGUUGGGCACCUGCAAGGAGACCUUCAACCUCCUCUACCAGGAGACGGACGACGACCAGGGCACCCACUUCAGAGAACACCUGUACACCAAGAUCGACACCAUCGCCGCUGAUGAGAGUUUCACCCAAAUGGACCUCGGAGAUCGCAUCCUCAAGCUGAACACUGAGGUGCGCGAGGUGGGCCCCAUGACCAAGAAGGGCUUCUACCUGGCGUUCCAGGACGUGGGCGCCUGCGUAGCUUUGGUUUCAGUGAGGGUUUAUUUCAAGAAGUGCCCGAACACUGUGAGGAAUCUGGCCUCUUUCCCUGAUACGGUGCCCAUGGACUCCCAGUCGCUGGUGGAGGUCAAAGGGUCAUGUGUCAAUCACUCCAAAGAGCAGGAGCCUCCGCGAAUGUACUGCAGCACGGAGGGCGAGUGGCUCGUGCCAAUCGGGAAGUGUCUUUGUAACCCGGGUUACGAGGAAAGAAGCAACACCUGCCAAAUGUGCAGGGCGGGCUUCUACAAAUCGAAUCUUGGAAAUAUGGAGUGUUCCAAGUGUCCGCCUCAUAGUUUCUCUCACCACGAGGGGUCGCUGCACUGUGGCUGUGAGAAAAACUACUUCCGUGCCGAGGGAGACCCUGCAUCCAUGGCCUGUACCCGACCCCCUUCAGCUCCUCGAAAUGUCAUCUCCUCCAUCAACGAGACUUCGGUCAUCCUGGACUGGAGCUGGCCGGAGGACGCCGGCGGCCGCAGGGACAUCACCUUCAAUGUCCUCUGCAAGCGCUGCCGGGGGGUGGCUUCUAACGGCAGUAACGGCGGCAACCUGCGCUGUGAGCCGUGCCGGAGCAAUGUUCACUUCCUGCCCAGAGCCGCGGGCCUCCACAACACCACGGUGACGGUGGGCGACCUGUUAGCCCACACCAACUACACCUUUGAGAUUGAAGCGUUGAGCGGGGUGUCAUCGCUGGCACCCAAGAUGAGACAGUACGCCGCUGUCACCAUCACCACCAACCAAGCUGCUCCCUCCCCGGUGACAGUGAUCAGAAAGGAGAAGACGUCUCGAAACAGCGUCUCCCUGUCUUGGCAACGGCCAGAGAGACCCAACGGCAUUAUCCUCGACUACGAGAUAAAAUACUACGAAAAG